CUCCUUGUCAAGUAUACCCCAGCUCAAUGUAAAGCAAUUUUGAAAGCAGCCGACGACGCUUUAGUAAAAACCAUUUGUGAGUGUGUAUUCAACGUAGUUAAAGAAACAGUCCCUAUCAGUAAACCGGCAAAGAGAAAACUUCUUAAGCACAAGAAAGCCUUGACUGCUUUAGCUGAAAAGAGUACCCCGCUAAACAAGAAAAAGCAAAUCUUGGUACAACACGGAGGAAACUUUUUAAGUGUUUUGCUACCUCCCGUUCUUCGGGUGUUGAGCUCGCUUCUUACUUAAGAUGAAUCAUACAAGACGCAUGGUUCUUGUUCCUGAGAACACUCUGGAGCGAUUGCAGCAACGUCAGCAGAUAUUAACACCACCUGUAACACAAACUCUGAAAAAUCUGGAUAGCCAAAUGGGGGAUAUUUUAGAAAAUAAACAGCUUGAUGAUGAGGAAAAGGCGAAGCUUUACAAUCAGGUGUUGCAACGGUACUUGACUUAUUACGAUCAGCGGAAAGGCCAGCCUCUCCAUGUGAAGUUAAUGACCCCUAAAACAACAGAAACCCCCAAACCAGUUGAGAACGCAGAAUCUACAGAGGAAGCUUCUCCAGAUAAUUUUCUUCCAACCGCAGUAGAGCUAGAGGUCAUGAAAAGUGUACCGAAAAUUUACAAAGCUGGGGCUAGACAGUUGUUGGAUAAAAUUAAAAAACACCAGGAUGUGUUACAUUGGAAUGAUAAAGGAGAGCUGUUGUAUGUAAACAAACCAAUCCCAGGUUCUCAUGUUGUCGACCUAGUCAACGACACAUUGCGUCACCGAAAAGGAUUUGAACCAGUGGGGUGGUCAGUGUUUGCGAGGGGCCUAGCGCGAAUGAAUGUCCCCGAAAACUUGGUUCGUAAUCCCCAACGUCAGAGUGCCAUAAGAGAGUUUAAAGCAAGGGUGCGAGAGGAGACCCCAGAAAGUCGUUCGCGUUGGCUACCUACCCCACCUGUGACGUUAUCUUCUGUCAAAAAGCAGAGGCGCAGAGUCGAGAGUCCUCGCCCUCAGGAUGUUCUAUGGUUACGAUUAUAA